UUUUAGGGCGAAAACUUGUCGGUUAAAUUAACAAUAUUAAAGUUUAAGUGAUAGAUGUUAUCUUUUAUAUUUUUGGAAUGGAAAAUACAAAAUUCAAAUAUCUAAUUUCUCAACUCUAUAAGGACUAUUUUCCUAUCAUUGUAGCAUUUUUGAAAAAUCAAUAUGGUUGGAAGAGCAUUUUCUGUUAAAGUAGACCUAGAUCUUCAUGCUGUCUCUUGUCCAGGGGUAUGGCUCUGUCCAGUUGGAAAAGUUUCUGUACAAAUUAAUAUCUUUGAUUCAUGCACAUCUACUCCCAAAUUGACGUCUGUAUUUCCUCUUUUGUAUCACAACAAGUUGAUAUUUAAAAAAGUAUUUACUGGUGUAACAACAUUAGCGGAGCUACAAAAAAAAUUAUCCGAAGAAUAUAUUUCUGUUGAGCUAAUCCAAUGGUCUACACUGAACAAAAAUAUUUGUUUAGCAACAUUUGAAGCAAAUUUAGUUGAUGUAUUGUAUCCGGUACCUUGUUUUAAGGGUUUGUUAGCUGGAGUUGAUAUAGACUUACUUAUGGAGCCCACAAAAUUUUUUCCAGGUAUUUUGUCUCCUAAACUUGAAAUAUCAACAAGAACUACAAUAGAAGAGUUUUCAGAUGUUGAUUCUUCUGCUGUAGAAGCUCAUAUUAUUAAUCCAAAAACCAUUAAUUCUAUGAAUCCGUUCUGUGUUCAUAAAAAGAAAGCUUUGCUCUCUAACAGACAACUUAUUAGACAAAAGAAAGUAUGCCAUACUGGUCAGGAGAAAGUCAAUACUUAUGUGUGUCGACUUUGUCGACGUCUGCAAAAUAAUACAAAAGUUGACCAUAAUUGUAAUCCUCCCACUCAAUUGCAUUCGACAGAUAAAUGUUAUCUCUCAUCCGCACAAAAAAGGCAUACUUGUAAGUCCUUAACGAAUAAUUCACAAAAAUCCCAUGAAAAUGAUAAUGUUUGUAAUGAUGUUCAUGUGCUUGAAAACUGUCCAAUUUGUCUCAAAUAUCAAUGUUAUUUUUCUAAAAAGAAGCCUAAAUCUGAUAAUCAAUCAAAUUCAUGUAAUGUAGUAGUACAUAAAAAACCGUACAAUAAGUACAUAGAAAAUAGAACAAAAUUUACAAAUGAAUUUAAUUGUGAUCAUACUCAUGAAAAUUGCGAUAAAAAAGUAUCAAAACUAUCAAAUACAAUACACUCUCUUCAUUUAGAAAAAGGUAGAACAAAUAAUGAAGAUAUAAAUCAUCACUGUUGUGCUUCAGAAAUAUGUAAAAAUAGUUCUAAUUGUCAGUCGUACAGGGCACCUACAAUAAAAGAUGAUUCGACUAUGUCAAUUUUACUUGCAAAAAUAAAGCAAUUAGAAAAAACCAAAGAAAAAUUGAAUUACGCUGAUUGCGCAGACAGAGAUUCGUGUUAUACUACAUCAAAUAAUAAUAAUGAAAGUAAUGAAGUACGAAAAGGGUAUUAUAAAAAUUUAGAAAAAUUUUAUAAAAAAAUGUAUAAACAAGCAAAACAGCGAGCACACGAUUUAGAUGAAUCAUGAAUUUAUCUUCUGUUUUAUGGAGAGUUACUUGUUACAUUAGCUGAUUAAUUAUUUAAUUACUUCAACA